AGAAAAGAAUAAACCUAUUUAAGUAUAUUUUCAAGGAAAUGUUAUUAUUCAAAAGUCAAAUUCCAAUGUAGUAGGCUCGCGAUUAUUUAUAUUCCAUAUUUUUCAUCAUUAUAAAUUUGAAACAUUUGAUUUUACGUUAGCACCUUAUAAAAAUACAAAAUAAUUUGAUACUGAUAGUUCAAGAUAUAAAUUUAAAAUCGAAUGAGUUGUUUUUCUAUGAACUAUGAAGUUGUAUUUGCGCCCUUACAGCGAAAAGUAUUGAUUUUCUUGUAUAAAACUAACCCAUAUAAUUUGGGGGUAGUAAAAUGAAGUCGAUUCAUUUGUUGUUUUUAACUGUUUUUCAAGUCUAUUCAGUUUAUUGUAGUGUAUUUUUAUGGAGUAAUAAGGAAAUCGACAUAUUUCCUUUACAAAAAUUCACGGAUGAUGACUUAUCUCAACUUAUUGGAAUAAUGGAUAAUCCCAAAGUGAUGGCAUACACAAAUCCUAACCAAAAUUUACCCUUGAAAUUUAAAGACUUGGCAAGUGAUGAUUUUUCAGCUUAUAGUACGAAUGAUGAUCUCUCGGAUAUAGAUACUAUCGCAUUGACAGGCGAUGAAGAGUCUGAUUUUGAGAAAAUUAAAAAAGAUAUAGAGAAUGCAAAGAAGGAGAAUGAAAACAUCUUGUUUCUCAUUGUAUCUAAUUCCGAGCCAAGAUCUAAGAGGGAAAUAGAAGAUGAGGAAGUAGUUGUCAGUACUCCAGAACCAAUAGGUCCUGUGGCUUAUAUUGGAAAAUCUAUAACGGAUGAUAAGUAUGGCAUAAUAUAUUCUUCAACUCCUCUACUUUUAAGAAUUAACAAAACAGAUUUAUACCUUAAUGGAAAAGAGAAUGGGUUGACGUCUGUUGACACUGUCCCAAGAGAAUCAAUCACACGAUUAAAUGUGAAUAUACUUCUAGCAGACAAACGUAAAAUAAUGCUAAGAUUUAUAUUUUCUUGGGUAGACGGCUAUUGGUACCUCACAUCUGUAAGAAUCAGUAGUACAAGUUAUGAUACUAAGUACACUCUAACUAUAGACAAAGAAGUUUAUGCUCCUGAAAGAUUCUCUUAUCAUUGUUCGGGAGAAACUAUAUUCUCAGAUACUACAAAUGAUGUAUAUUUAUAUUUAACCAACAUGCAGGUUCAGAUUGAUUCAGCCAAAGAAAGCUUCGAUGAUGCUUAUGACUGUGUUUCUUUCACUACAGUACCUAUUUGGUCUGGAAUUUUCGUAUCGAGUUUAUUGAUUGUUGUAUUACUGCUUUCGAUUGUUGCUCUUUGGGAUAUAAAAACUAUGGAUAAAUUUGAUAAUCAAAAAACUAAGCCGUUAUCAAUAACUGUGAGCGAAUGAAUGUUUCAUCUAUAACUGUUUCCUCUGCUUUUUAAAUGUGAAACAUCUGUUUUUAUGAUGCUGAUUCUUUGGAAAAUUAUUAUUGAGUAUGUUUAAGAAACCCUGUGAUGGUGUAUUAAUUUAAAAAAAAUGAGUUUUUGGGCACUUGAUAGUAUUUGAAGUUAUCAAACAUCUUGCAAUUUUUCUUGUUUUGUGCAAUUUUUGAGAUUCUUAUUUUUAUGUAUAAAUGAAUAACUGUGAUAUUUAUUUAUUUUAUUUAUUCUGCUUCAAUAUCUUAGAAUUUGGUUUUAUUUCAUGAAAUAUCUGGAAAGAUAAAAAAAAUCUACUACUUAUUUAAUUCAUCAUAUCUAUUAUUCUCUAUAAUUCU